AUGGCAUCAGUUUCUAGCUUUCAAUCGGGCCCUUUGGAAACGACCACAAGAAACCGCAGCCACGUUGGCAAAACAUUGUUGACUCUUCGAGGUGGAGAGGACGAUAUCAAAACACAGCAAGAAGAAACCUUGAUCAAGUUCUACACUUUGAAGGGUGGCACGUGCCCUUAUGCCGCCCGAACUUGGAUAACUCUCUUAGAGCUUGGGAUACCAUUUGAGACCAUCGAAAUCAGCAAAGAGGAUAAAGAUAAUUGGUACCUUGAUAUCAACCCCCGAGGAAAAGUUCCUGCUCUUGUGAACACCAAAGAUGGGUCCGUAGUGUAUGAGUCUGCCAUCUGCGAUGAGUACCUGUCGGAUCUCGCCCGUGAUUUGGGAGGUGGGCCAUCAUUGAUGCCAGACAAUCCUUCAGAGCGAGCCUCUUUGAGACUCUUGAAUGACCACGUUGAUAACUCACUUUCACCAGCGCAGUUUACAUUACUCAUGAACAAGGAUGAAGAGAAAGACAAAGAGCUUAUCGAAAAGCUGGAAAAAGCACUCGGAUUCUUGGAGGAAUCACUCGACGCACACGGUGGGUCGUAUUUGAUGGGCAAAGAUUUUAGCCUCGCCGAUGUACAUGUGCUCCCUUUCUUCUUAAGGAUGACAAUCACCCUCGACCAUUACAAAGGAUACAAACUGUCGAAGGAAAACUUCCCAAAUUUGCUUCGGUGGUUCGACAUUUGCUCCCAAAAGGAGUCCGUCAAACCAUCAGCCAAAUCGCGAGAAGAGAUCAUUGAAGUGUAUGAUCGUUUCAUCAAGGCAGAUUAUGCUUUUGGUGGACUGAACAAAAACAAAAAAUAA